GGAAGUUGUAAUUACUGAAAACAUGCCGAGGAACCAGAAAAAAAACAACAAAAAAAACAGCUAGCUCCCAUGUUCACGUAAACAGCGACGAAGUCAAUGUUAAUUUGUUGUGAAAUGUAAUAUAUUUCGCACUGUACAGCUGGCCAAUGAUUCUUCUAUCAUAAUUGUGUCUGAGCUCAAUGGAUCAAUGUGUGAACGUAGAACGGGAGUUGGAGAAAGUGCUACAGAAAUUUUCAAGCUAUGGACAACACUGCGAUAGGACACUAGAGGAACUAGUGGAUUACACCAGUGGACUGAAACACGAAAUAUUACAGACAAACGGUGAAGAGCAGGAGCUCCCUGGGACAUUGUCCCUAGUGCUAUCCCAGUGCUGUAAGAGGGUAAAGGAUACUGUUCAGAAACUGGCCUCUCACCAUAAGGACAUCCACAGCAGUGUCUCCCGUGUGGGGAAGGCUAUUGACAAGAACUUGGACUCAGAUCUGGGCAGUGUCGGGAUGGAGGCAUGCUGGCAAGCAGAGAGCCAGAGGUUACUCAGCGAGGUCAUGGUGGAACACUUCUUCCGUCAGGGUGUCCUUGAUGUGGCUGAGGAGCUCUGCCAGGAAGCUGGACUUUGCAUUGAUCCAAGUCAGAAGGAGCCUUUUGUAGAACUGAACAGAAUACUAGAAGCUCUGAAAUUGAGAGAUCUGAGACCUGCAUUAGAGUGGGCGGUGGAGAACAGGGAGAUGCUCAUGGCCCAGAACAGCUCCCUGGAGUUUAAGCUACACAGGCUGAAUUUUAUUAGACUGCUUAUGGGAGGAACGGCCAAUCAGAGAGAGGCACUUCAGUAUGCGAAAAACUUUCAACCUUUUGCUCUCAACCACCAAAAAGACAUCCAGGUGCUGAUGGGAAGCUUGGUGUACCUGCGACAGGGGAUAGAGAACUCGCCUUACGUCCACCUGCUGGACUCUAACCAGUGGUCAGAUAUCUGUGACAUAUUCACCCGAGACGCCUGCUCCCUGUUGGGCCUAUCGGUGGACUCCCCCCUCAGUGUCAGUUUUUCAGCAGGUUGUGUUGCCCUGCCUGCCCUCAUCAACAUUAAAGCAGUCAUUGAGCAGCGACAGUGCAUUGGCGUAUGGAACCAGAAAGAUGAAUUGCCUAUAGAGGUGGACCUGGGGAAGAGGUGCUGGUACCACUCGGUGUUCGCCUGUCCCAUCUUGAGACAGCAAACCACAGAUAGCAACCCACCCAUGAAGCUGGUGUGUGGACACAUCAUCUCCAAGGAUGCCCUCAACAAAAUGAUCAAUGGGAGCAAAUUGAAGUGCCCCUACUGCCCAAUGGAACAGGUACCAGCAGACGCAAAGCAAAUCUACUUCUGAAGGGUGGUCAGGAAUGUGACCGUCUUUUGAAGCGUUUGCGUGUGUAGGUGUGAGUGUGUACGUAGUGUUGUACUACGGGGUGUUAGUUUUGGAAAAUGUGCCAAUAUGUAGAAACACUAACAUGCUGCAAAGAUUUGGAGAGAGUCUAGUGACUUCUUUUACACAAUUAUCUGAAGAGGCCACACCAGCUUUGGCCGGUUUAUUUAGUGAAAAAUAUGUAUUUUCAAAAAAAAAAAAAAAAUUCUCCUCUUGAAAUAUCAGUGUAUCAUCAUACUGAUUUGUUUGUAUGUCAGCUCUUGGGAAAAUUGCUGUGGAAUGUGUUUCUUUUUUCCUCUACAAAUGUAUAUACAUUUGCCUAAAUUGAUAUGAAGCUAUUACCACUACUGGUAUGCAUUACUAUUUUUCAUUGAACACAAGUUGUGUAAUGUACAGGGGCAAGUAGAAAUGGCCAUCUCUGGGCCUGAGCUAUUUAAAAUACAUUGCUAAUUUAUAUUGUUUAAUCAUGGAGGUGUGGCAAGAAUAAUUACUUUGCUUUAAUGAUUAUUGUUUGUGUAAUGCAAUAUCUAGUAAAUACAGACAGGGACAAUAUUUUCUCCCAGAUUCUGUUGGUUUUGGAAAUAAAGCACUGAAGCAAAGCUUUAGUUUCAAAGUGAAUUCUACUCCUGCAAAGUUAGUGCACAGGCAAUGUGCUUUUGCACAACUUAUUCAAAUGUAUAUUUGAAUUCUGCACUUGCAGUUAAAUAUCUUUAUCAAGCUAAUGGCUAAAAAUGUAAAGGUUUCAAGCUAGGAAAUAAUGGGCAGGUGUCAUGGACACUGGUGAAGCUUAGUCCUAUAAUAAAUUGAGUUUUGUAUGGAGAAUCUGCAUUCAAAACAUUAUUUAGUUCAGGACUAGGCUUAGCCUGUGUCUAUGAAAGUGGUUCAAUAUUUUUUGUUUUAGCAUCAUAUCUACCCUUUGGGAUGGUAAGGUUAGGAAUGGAGAUUAUAAGGUUUGGCUAGGACAAAUAUUUCAACACUUGUCUUUGUGGUAUUCUGUAGAACAAAAGUGUUAUUGUGGUAGAUUUCGUUAGAUGAAGAGGUAAAAGCAGUUGAUGAUCAAA